AUGGAUCACUUGGCACAAGAUUUAUCGGUGGCCCUGGAAGAGAGCGAAUCUUGUGGGCCAAUGAAUAUCGAGAAUUUCGGAAAAAGUGGCAUGAGGAGGCGCACUAGAUCUGCUGGGAAUUUGCUGUUUUUAGAUUUGUAUGUAAAUAAAAAUGGUGACCAUCAUAGCAAUGAAAGUAGCAGCAGCAAUUCAGAGUCCAGGGUGAAAGAUAUGCAUACGAAAAUAUCGAGUUUUCAUCAAAGCGAUUCAGAUGAAAUGUCGUUUAAUUUGUCCAUGGCUAGGGUGAUAAAUCAAAGGACUUCUUUGAGAAUGAAGCAUCCGAUUAACAACUUUCUAAAAGGAGUUAGUCAUAGCUUGGAAAGUGACUCAUUGAACGAGCAUUCUCCUGCAAGGCCGAACUUGCGCAGGAAACGCAAACUAAAACGGAUGAGCAUCGACGAAACCCCAAUCCCUCCGUGCGGCAAAAGAAAGCGCUCGCAGAGACUCGAAAUAGCGGACAACAAGGGGCUGAGGCACAGCCCCAAAAUAAGACCGUUGCACCAGAGUAUCGUGGACAAAAUCGAAAAGUUCUGCCAUCCGAAUCCCGACGAAACGAACAAGAUGGAGAUUGUCGAUGAUAACUGUGAGGUUGCCAGUGAGAGCAGUAUAAGUUGGAGUGGGGGUGAGGGGCACGAGGGGGACGACGAGUUGACAGAUUGGGCCCCCACAAUGGACAAUGCCAGCGUUAAUGAGCCUCUGCCGUGGAACGAGACAGAUCCCAGAGAGAUUAGAGCAGGUUGCCGGCGGGUGGGGGGCGACCGCCCGGGCUUCAGCAUCAGCACGGGCGCCAACGAGCGCGUCGCCCGCUUCCUCCAGGACCGGACCAAGUCGGAGGUGCGGGUGGUGGGCGCCGAACGCGAAAAGCUCGGCCAACUCGCGAACCUCUACUCUCUGGACCUGUGGUUCGAGGGCCAGAGCGCCACCUUGCGGAAGACGCAGAACACGCCCGCCAUGCAGCCCACGCAGCGCCACCACGCGGGCCACAGCGCCAUCCACAAGAAGAUCCGCACGCACCACGUGCUCUCCUAG